GUCGAACAAGCCCAAUACCAAACCAAUCAGGUGGUUGUUUGAUGAAAUGAAGCUUCAGACGCCAUUGAUGACGUGCUGCUGAUAAAGUGAUACAGGCAUCGGUACACUGCUUUGAAGUUUACUGCUUAGCGAUUUGGACGCAGGUCUCGUAGCUCCGAUAUCAAAAGUAACAUCCCUACUGACAACAAGGCAGCAGAGUCUACCGUGCUAAUGCGUUCCCACUAGAUAUCACAAACACACAGUAUAUGAAAGCAUGAGGUGUGGCUGACGUUUACAAGCUGGAGCUAAAUACCGAGCUAGCAUACAAACUCUGUAGCACAUAGUGCAUUGUGGGUAGUUUAGAAGAUAUCCGGAAAUAAGUCAAGAAAUAUGUAACAACGCAAAAACAUAACUGUUUGUACUUAUAGGGAACCAGAUCAUGACUACAACUAAGUUACUAAGUCUUUAACCACACUGUGUUGUUACACGGGUGAGUAAAAACUCAUGCUUCCUACACCUUAAACUUUAACUUGUAGUCUGAAAAUAAAAUAUACAUUUUACUCAACUGCGUUACCCACUCCAGUCAGCAGAUGGCGGUGUGGGAAUUUAAGGCGAUGCUGUUGGUGUGACGUAUAAAGUAGUGGACGGAACUCUUCUUUCAACAGCAACAACAGUUAUUCAGCCACCUCGGUAGCUUGCUAGACAAAAUAGCCGAACCAAUAAAGCUCUUUAGACGCUUUCGUGUAUAUUAGCCACUGUGUUUUAAACCCACUUCUAUCGUCUAGUUGUCCGAUUUCAUUUCAUAUUUACGGUGUUGUUAUUAGUCAGCUAGCGGGCUGGUUAAGUUAGCAUUAGCCUAGCUAACAUCCCGGACCAUGAGUUCACUAAGCUACUCUCCUCCUGCUAAAGAAGAGGAGGCCUGCUGGACGGAGAAAGAUGGUCUUGUCAAAGAGGAGGAGGUAGAAGAGGAUGUUACAAUACAAAAACAAGUAGAGGGUGAGGCUGUUACAGUGAAAGAGGAAGAGAAAAACGUUUCUGUGAAAGACGAGGAAGACCCGUUCAGAGUGAAAGAGGAGGAGGAUGUUACUGUGAAAGAAGAGGAAGACCCGUUCAGAGUGAAAGAGGAGGAAGAUGUUACUGUGAAAGAGGAGAAAGAGGUGUUCAGAGUGAAGGAGGAGGAUGUUACUGUAAAAGAAGAGGAAGACGUGUUCAGAGUGGAGGAGGAUGCAGUUUUUGGAGUGAAAGACGAGGAGGAGAUGACUGUCACAUCGAAGAAGGAAGAGGAGGAAGAAACUGGAUAUCUGGGCCCGGUUUCCCAAGGGCAUCAUAAGGCGUCCAAUGGUUCUAACGAUGAACAUGCCCUGAUUAACACUCGAGAGAGAUGUGACUAUCGUGGAUCCUCUGGGGAGCCUCAACAACAUCAUGAUGCUGAUGAGGCAGAGGAGAGUCUCUCCAGAUCAGAACACCUCAAGAAACACCAGCGGAGACCCACAGGAAAGAAAUCUCAGUGCUGCUCUGACUGUGGGAAACGUUACAAAUAUUCAUCAGAACUUAAAAUACGCCAGCGAGUACACACAGUAGAGAAACUUCACCACUGUUCAGAUUGUGGGAAAAGCUUUUCAACAUCACAGAUUUUGAAGCUGCACCAGAGAAUUCACACUGGAGAGAAACCUUAUAGCUGUGAUCAAUGUGGGAAGAGUUUUGUUCAAUCUAGCAAUCUGACAGUACACCAGAGAACACACACAGGAGAGAAACCUUUUAGCUGUGAUCAAUGUGGGAAGACUUUCAUUACAUCUAGAAAUCUGACUAUACACCAGCGGACACACACAGGAGAGAAACCUUAUAGCUGUAAUCAAUGUGGGAAGAGUUUUAUUACAUCUAGCCAGCUGACUACACACCAGCGAGUACACACAGGAGAGAAACCUUAUCACUGUUCAGAUUGUGGGAAAAGCUUUUCAACAUCACAGACUUUGAAGCUGCACCAAAAAACACACACAGGAGAAAAACCUUUCAGCUGUGAUCAAUGUGGGAAA